CUCCUCUGAGCACUCUUUGCCCGGGGCGAGCUUUGAGGAGCACAGGGCUGCUGGCGGUGAGCUGUCUGCCUGGGCACUUACAGCACCUCAGCCUGGGGGAGGUGGAGGUCAGGAAGGUGAAGGUUGGCACUGGUGGCACCCCAGUCCUCAAAGGGCUUUAAGAGGGGACGGACACAGAGCUUUCUGCUUCCUGCCACCAUGUCUCGGAGCCCCCGUGGCAGCUCUGCAGAGGACGAGACCUUUCUCCUGGAGUACCGCUGCCACCCGCUGCGGCCGGAGCCCCCCAGCCCCACGUCCCCCCGUGGGGAGCGCGGCUCCGUCGGUGCCACCUCGCUCUCGGCACCAGGCUGUGCCCCCGUGGCUGAGCUCCACCGCGUGGUGCUCAGCACCAACAGCCCAGCCGCGCUGAAGGUGGGAACCCAGCAGCUGAUCCCCAAGAGCUUGGCUGUCUCCAGCAGGAGCAAGAGCAGCCCCUCCCGGCACCAGAGCUUUGGGGCAGCUGGGUCCAGCCGGGAGCCGCUGGUGCCCGACCCGAAGCGGGUGUCUGCCCCUGGCCUGUGCCAGGACUCGGAGGUGGAGGAGGAUGGUGGAGGGGGAGCCCUCAAGCGCAACCUGCGGAACAUGUCCUACCGCGCGGCCAUGAAGGAUGCGGAGCCGGAGCCACUCAACUCCAUCUGCUCCCUGAAACCCGUGUCAGAGGAUGGCAGUGCCCUGCCUGCCCGCAGCCCGGGCAGGAGCAAGAGAACCUUUGGGCGGAAGCGGGUGCAGAAGCGUGGAGGCUCCUUCAAGGACCAGCCCCGGCUGUAUCAGGAGAUCCGUGAGAGAGGUCUCAACUCCAUCAGCCAUGAGUCAGACGAGGAUUUGCUGGAGGAGCCCAUCCCCGAAGAGCCGUUCCCACCGGGUGCUGCCAUCGUGAUGCAAAGCUACCGCCCAGCACAGGUCACCUGGAGCCAGCUCCCGGAGGUGCUGGAAGCAGGCAUCCUGCAGACCAUCUCCCCCGAGGAGCGCAAGCGGCAGGAGGCUAUGUUUGAGAUCAUCACCUCUGAGUUCUCCUACAUGCACAGCCUGGGCAUCCUGGUGUACCACUUCAUGAGGUCAGAGGAGCUGAAGGAGACCAUGACUCAGACUGAGCACCACCACCUCUUCUCCAACAUCAGUGACAUCCUGACAGUCAGCACCAGCUUCUUCGAGGACCUGGAGAGGCGGCACCAGGAGCAGCUGCUGCUGGCUGACAUCAGUGACAUCGUGGAGGAGCAUGCCACACACCGCUUCGGCCCCUACGUCAGCUACUGCUCCAACGAGGUCUACCAGCAGAGGACGCUCCAGAGGCUGCUAAGCACAAACCCCUCAUUUAAAGAGACCUUGAAACAAAUUGAAAGGAAGCCAGAAUGUGGAGGCCUGCCAAUGAUCUCCUUCCUCAUCCUGCCCAUGCAGAGGGUAACCAGGCUUCCUCUGCUCUUAGAUACUGUCUGCCAGAAAACCAAAGCCUGCACUGCAGCCUAUGGAGCUGCCACCAGAGCUCUGAAAGCCAUCAGCAAGCUGGUGAAGAGCUGCAACGAUGGAGCUCGAGCCAUGGAGAGGACAGAGCAGAUGUACACCCUGCAGAAGCAGCUGGAGUUUGGGAAGAAGAAGCCCUUCCCGCUGGUCUCUGCGUCGCGCUGGCUGCUGAAGCGUGGGGAGCUGCAGCUGCUGCUGUCGGAGGAGCCUGGCAUCUUCCGCCGCGCUGCCGGCAGGCUCUGCUACCUCUUCCUCUUCAACGACGUCCUCAUCAUCACCAAGAGGAAGAGCGAGGAGAGCUACACGGUCAUGAACUACGCCACGCUGGACCAGAUCAGGGUGGAGAAGAUGGAGAGCCCUGACCCCCCUUCCCCUCCCCCCGGCAAGAGCGGGGGCGGCGGCCCGGCCCGGGGCACGGCUGGCGGGCACCUGCUGCGGGUGGUGCUGGAGAAGGACAGCGAGGGCCGGCGGGAGGAGGUGGUGCUGUCGGCGGAGACGCUGAGCGACCGUGCCCGGUGGAUUGCUGCCCUGAUGCACAGAGAAAAGGCAGUGCCUGACACCACUCCCAAAGGAGAUCUGAGCCAAGUGGAGAUCACCAGAGCCUACCUGGCUAAGCAGGCAGAUGAGAUCUCCCUGCAGCAGGCUGAUGUUGUCCUGGUGCUGGCCGAAGAGGAUGGCUGGUGCUGGGGAGAGAGGCUGAGGGAUGGAGAGAGGGGCUGGUUCCCCCAGUCCUGUGCCCGGCAGAUCACCAACCCCACGGCCGUGGAGGGCAACGUGCGGCGCAUGGAGCGGCUGCGGAGAGAGACGGACGUGUAGGGCACAGCCCAGGCUCUGCCCCUCCUCAGGGCUGCCCACCUCUGCAGACUGAGCCCACAGUGAGUGGGAGAACCUUCCUUCCUUCUUGGGUUUCGUUGUCUUGAGCAGCCACAGGCAGCAGCCCCUAUUGUCCAGGCCUGGGCAGCGGCUGUGACAGCAGCUGGUGGAUGUGGGACCUGGCACCCAGGCACUGCUGGCACCAGUGCUGAUGGUGGUGGCCUGGAACAGGCUGCCAGAGGCAGCCAAGCUGCUGGCUCCAGUUGAAAAGGCUGUAGCUAUGGUCUGGGCUCUGUGAAGCAGCUGGAGCUGCCCUCCCUCUCCCUGCUGAUGUCUGGCAGCAUGGGACAGAGACUCAGGCCCUAGGGAGAAGAACCUGGAGCGAGAGGCUUUCAGCAGCUGAAACCUGUGCCAAGCUUAUUCCUCAACCACUUCUCCCUCUCCUGUUCUACUUUCUUUCUUUUCUUCCCCUCCACAAUUAUCCUGGAUUCUGUUGA